GUGUGUGUAUAACUUCUUUCUUCUCUGACAUUCCAGGCCAGUUGAAAGACUGACUGCCGGGCUGCGGACACAGCAGAGGAACGCUCCAGGCAAAGAUUUGGGAAUAUUUGGGAUCGUUCCAUAGUUUUUUCAGGAAAGUUUCCCCCCCCCUCCGGCUCCAUUGGACUUUUCCAAAGUCUUUGUUUAACUAUUUUACCCUCCUAUUUCUAUUGUCGGUUCUUUUUUGGAAUUCUGCUCUUGGAAUUCUGCUCUUGGAAUUCUGCUCUUGGAAUUCUGCUCUUGGAAUUCUGCCGACGUUCGUUUCCAUCUGGGAGGUUGAACAUUCCCAGUGAUUCCUGAUCCCUGCAGCAGAAGCAUCCUCUCCUCUCUCUGUCUCUCCUUAGUUCUGCUCCAGUGAAGAACAAGGGCAGGAACAUUGUUUCAGGAAAAGACAGGCUGCCGUGGCAACCCUCAUCAUGGCCGACAUCCUGCAGCCCGACAUGAACAGCCUACAGGUCCCAGGUGAGAACAACCGUAUAUCAGCUCCCUCCUCUCCCUCAGUCGGACGAAAUGACUGCAGCAUCGCACCCCUCACACCCUCAGCCUCUCCGAGACCGGAGGCCAGAUCGAGGAUGGAUCAUCUGUUCACUGUGGUGGUAGCUAUAGACUUUGGAACCACCUCCAGCGGCUACGCAUUCAGCUUCACACAAGACCCAGAGGCUAUUCACAUGAUGAGGCGCUGGGAGGGCGGGGACCCGGGCGUAGCCAACCAGAAGAGCCCCACGUCCCUGUUAUUGACCCCUGAGUUGAAGUUCCAUAGUUUUGGGUUUGCUGCCAGAGACAACUAUCAUGAUCUGGAUCCUGAAGAGGCUCAACACUGGCUCUACUUCGACAAGUUCAAAAUGAAGAUACAUAGUACCACUGAUCUGACCAUGGAGACGGAGCUGGAAGCGGUGAGUGGGAGGAAGGUGAGGGCCAUCGAGGUAUUCUCUCACGCUCUCCGGUUCUUCAGAGUACACGCCCUGAAGGAGGUGAAGGACCAGUCUUCGUCGCUAUUGGAGGGAGAUGAGGUGAGAUGGGUGAUCACUGUUCCUGCUGUGUGGAGACAACCAGCCAAACAGUUCAUGAGAGAGGCUGCCUAUCUGGCUGGUCUGGUAUCUCCUGACACUCCAGAACAGCUCCUGAUAGCUCUGGAACCUGAAGCAGCUUCCAUCUACUGUCGCAAGCUCCGCCUACACCAGGUGAUUGACCUGAGCCUCCGGCCAAUAACCAAUGGUCUCAGCUUGGAGAGCGACGGGUCCCGCCCUUUUGACUCCAGCUUCAGACAAGCGCGUGAGCAGCUGAGGAAAGCAAGACACAGCAGAACUUUCCUGGUGGAGAGAGGGACUGGAGAACUCUGGUCAGAGAUGCAGACUGGUGACCGGUACAUAGUGGCAGACUGUGGAGGAGGAACAGUAGACCUGACAGUUCACCAGAUAGAGCAGCCCCAGGGGACACUGAAGGAACUCUACAAGGUCUCAGGAGGUCCAUACGGGGCGGUCGGCGUCGACCUGGCCUUUGAAGCCAUGCUUUGUAAGAUCUUCGGAGAGGACUUUAUCGAGAGCUUCAAGGCGAAGCGUCCCGCUGCUUGGGUCGACCUGACCAUUGCAUUUGAGGCUCGUAAACGCACGGCCACGCCGGGGCGUUCCAACUCACUGAAUAUCUCUCUGCCCUUCUCCUUUAUCGACUUCUAUAAAAGAUACAGAGGACAGAGUGUGGAGACUGCCCUGCGCAAGAGCAACAUGAACAUAGUGAAGUGGUCGUCUCAGGGAAUGCUACGUCUCACUCCUGAAGCCAUGAACGAACUGUUCCAACCCACCAUUAACAACAUCAUCAAACACAUUGAGGAGUUGAUGCAGAGACAGGAAGUGCAGGGUGUUCGCUUCCUGUUCCUGGUUGGAGGUUUCGCUGAGUCGCCCAUGCUGCAGCGGGCGGCCCAGAAUGCUUUGGGUCAAACGUGUCGCAUCAUCAUCCCUCAGGAUGUGGGCCUGACCAUACUGAAAGGGGCUGUGUUGUUCGGACUGGACCCCACCGUGGUGCGUGUGCGUCGUUGCCCUCUGACCUACGGCGUUGGGGUUCUAAACCGCUUCGUGGAGGGUCGACACCCCCGGGACAAACUACUGGUCAAGGAAGGCCGUGAUUGGUGCACCGACAUCCUCGACAGAUUCGUCUCCGUUGACCAAUCAGUGGCUUUAGGCGAGGUCGUGAGGCGGAGCUACACACCGGCUAGAUCCGGCCAGAGGAAGAUCAUCAUCAAUAUCUACUGCAGCGUCAGCGACGACGUUGUUUACAUCAGCGACCCUGGAGUGAGGAAGUGUGGCGCGAUCACUCUGGAUCUACCGGAGGCGUUGCCGGGGACAGUUGCUGGGGCGGAAAGGAGAGAGAUCCGAGCCACAAUGCAGUUCGGAGACACAGAGAUCAAAGUGACGGCGGUGGACAUGGCGACCAAUCAGACGGUCCGAGCCGCCAUCGACUUCCUUUCAAAUUGAGGAGACUGACCACAAUGCCAAAAGGUCAAAGGGUAAAGAAGGAGAAGUAGGAAAUGGACCCACGAGGAAUAACGUCAAAGAUCCAGGAUCAAUUAAAUGUUUUAACAUUGAGUUAUGGCACGAUGUGACAUUUUAAGUGACGACAUGACCUUCGAACUGCUCAACAUCACAAUUCCUUUUUCACAUCGAAACAAAACAUCUCAAUCUGAUCUAGGAUCAGGUCCCUCUGGGAGUGACUGCUGCCUGAAUAUAUUGGGCUUGUUGGAGACCACUGCCGAAUCCUGACCAAUCACCUUGAAUCAUAAAUAGCUACUCAUGAUUACUUGUAGAUAAGUCAGUCAGCAUUUACCCACUAUGCAUCACGGAUCAAAUCCUUGCUCUCGAACAUUGCCAUAGAUUCUUGCCUGUAUCUAGUUCCAGUGCCUCCGUCUUCAAGUCAACUGAUAAUAUAAUAAUAAUAAUACUAAAUGUCUUUGUUGUAGUGCCACCUUGUGGCCACUGGAUUGAAUGACCAGCUGAACAUGCCUUUUACUUUCUAUGUAUGGAGAAAUUAACUGAACUGUUGACUGGUUGUGACGAGGACUGAAAGAAAUAUGCUAUGAAUAUAUCUGAACCAUUGAUUGUAUACACUAGUAAUCUAGACCUUUUAUAUACAGUUGCUUGAAGGAAAUGUAGGCUUCUUGGAAAAACACCAAAUAAGGUUUGAUCACAACAGUAUUUAAGUUGUGUACAGUACAUGCAGAUAUCCUGAUGGAUCCUGUAUUUUAUACCCUUAUAUGAAAUAUUAUCAUUAUGUAUAAAGAACUAUCUUAAGAAAUAACCUGUUUAUAGCUUGUUCAUCGAAGAUAACCAUAUUAACUGUCUGUUAAAGCUAGAAUCCUUAUUUUGCUAGAAUUCUUAUUUUGCUAGAACUAUUUUGCUAGAAUCGUAUUUUUCAAGAAUUCUUAUUUUGCAAAAAUCCUUAUUUUGCUAGAAUCCUUAUUUUGCUAAAAUCCUUAUUUUGCUAGAAUCCUUAUUUUGCUAGAAUCCUUAUGAAUCCUUAUUUUGCUAGAAUCCUUAUUUUGCUAAAAUCCUUAUUUUGCUAGAAUCCUUAUUUUGCUAUAAUUCUUAUUUUGCAAGAAUCCUUAUUUUGCUAAAAUCUUAUUUUGCAAGAAUGUUUAUUUUGCUAUAAUUCUAAGAAUUCUUAAUUUGCUAUAAUUCUUAUUUAGCUAGAAUCCUUAUUUUGCUAGAAUCCUAUUUUGCUAGAAUCCUUAUUUUGCUAGAAUCAGUAUCUUUCAAGAAUCCUUAUUUUGCUAUAAUUCUUAUUUUGCAAGAAUGUUUAUUUUGCUAUAAUUCUAAUAAGAAUUCUUAAUUUGCUAUAAUUCUUAUUUUGCUAGAAUCCUUAUUUCACCCAUUUUGGUCAAAAGCUAAGGGUUGGGCUUGGGAAAAUGUAAUGACUCAAAACCAUAGACAGAGCUAUGUAUAUAAGGAUGGACCAUCCAUGAUAUCAAAUGUAAUAGUUAACCAUGUUGAGGCUAUACACUGUUUGCAUUUACAUUGUUAACAAACAUUGAGUAAAAGAAGCUCAUAUUUGGGGUUCUGAUGGCAUAAGACAGCUGAACUAAAGCUCACGAGGCAUAUAAAAAUAGGACAUAGUACAGGAAGUAUUCACACCCAUUGACUUAUACCACAUUUUGCUGUUGUUACAAAGUGAGAUUAAAAUUUAUUUGGAACUUU